AUGGUGUCGAAGAGACAUGCACCUGCAUCACCACGAAGUUUCCUCCACAUCCCUCCUCGUUCCUCAUCUACGACUCAGCCGCACCAAAAGGCUCCAUCAACCAGCCGGCGCAGCCUUCCUCCUAGCUCCAUCCAAACCGGGUGCUUCGAAUCCGCCCACAUACCGCUAGCCAUAGCUCCGAUCUAUCGGCGGUCCGCCAACUAUCCCUACAGAUCCACCGGCUUGUCCUCGUCGUUGAACCCCAGCCUUGCUGCUAUUACCCGAAUCAAUAUUGACAUAUCACAUCAAACACUACGGUGGUGCUCGUCGCUGAACCCUGGCCCCGUCGGCACGCAGCCUGUUGACUGGACAGCCCAGGGACUGUACAAGAUGGGUGUCACAGAUGUUGCUGUCAGGCCGUUGGGCUUAAUACUUCUUGCAACACUAAUAUUGUUGUUCCUUGUCAAAUUCGUCUUCCAUCGACGCCGCUCCAACGGCCUGCCGUUACCCCCGGGGCCAGCUGGAGAGCUGAUUCUGGGCCACUUACGCAUCGUGCCAUCCCACAGCCCAGAGUACACUUACAUGAAAUGGUCUCGCGAGUAUGGAUCCGACGUGAUCUCCGUCAAUAUUCUUGGCCAGCCAGUCAUCGUACUCAACUCGGUGAAGGCGGCCAUUGAUUUGCUAGAUAAGCGAGGUCUCAACUACUCGGACCGGCCGCGCUUUGUGCUCUUCGAGGUCAUGGGAUGGGGCAAGACGCUGUCAUUUCUUCGGUGGGGGUCCAACUUUAAGAUGCAUCGCCGCAUCCUUCAGAAGAGUCUCUCAAAUAGUAGUAUUGUGCAAUACAGACUUAUGCAGGAGCGAGAAACGGCUACCAUGCUCAAGGGCCUGACAGCCAACCCUGCAGACUGGGAAAAUGUUGUUCGUCGGCUAGCUACUGCCAUCGUCCUCGAAAUUGGAUUCGGGAUCACUAUUGACAGCGAUAAAGAUCCGUUUAUUCAAGUGGCUGCAGAUGCCAGCUACGCGCUUGGACAUGGAGGUGCCCCUGCUGGGACGCCUGUCGAUUUUUUCCCGAUUCUCCGAUACAUGCCUCGGUGGCUGCACGACAGGUCGCUCAAAUUUGCCAAUGAUUGGGGCUGGGCGAUCCGCAAUCUGCACGACAAGCCAUUCGAUGCGGCCGUCUCAGCCCAGCGGCGCACCGAGUCCAUCAUCCAGGUCAUGCUGGAUCAGCGCCAGGCACAAAUUGACAAGGGAGAAACGCCAGAGCUAGGAUUAGACGACAUCAAAGGCGCGGCCGGCGCCGUGUUUGCCGCUGGGCAGGACACAACAUGGGCGACUAUCAUGGUCUUUGUCAUCAACAUGAUUUUGCAUCCAGAGGUUCAAAGCAAGGCGCAGCAAGCCCUGGAUCAAGUUGUGGGCCGCUGCAGAAUGCCAAAUUUCAACGAUAGGCAGAACCCCGGACUGCGAUACAUUGAGUACCUGGUGCAAGAGACGCUUCGAUGGUGCCCUGUCUCCCCCAUCGGAAUUCCCCAUCGUUCCAUCGAAGACGACGUAUAUAAUGGCUACUUUAUCCCGGCUGGCUCGUUUGUCUAUGCCAACGCGCGCGCCAUGACACAUGAUGCCGAUACCUAUCUGCACCCAGAUGAGUUCGACCCCGAUAGGUACACACCUAUAGAAGAGGGCGGUCGCGGUGAGCCGUUCCCCAAUGGCCAAUUUGGCUUUGGACGACGGGUUUGUGUCGGCCAGCACCUGGCCAAGGCGAGCGUGUGGAUCGUGAUUGCCUGCAUUCUCAGCACAAUGGACGUGAAAAAGCCGCUUGAUGAGCAAGGGAACGAAGUCACGCCCAAGGUGAAAUUGACGGAUGGGCUGACGAGUCAGCCUGAUGGCUUUGACGCGAGGUUUAUACCACGAGACGACAUUAGUCUGGAUUUGAUUCGUGAGCUGUAG